CGUUUAAAAUGAACGAAUCGUUUAAGAACGACCCUUCACUAGUUCUCAGUGCGAAGGGAGUCCUGUGAAGAUGAGUAGCGUUACUUGGUGAGGAUGGACACACAGCAAAUCCUGCGACUCUUGAUCGUUUUAUCAGGACUGACCGGGGCAUGUGAUGCUCUGUUGUGUAACUGCAGCGCACCACAGUGUGAGAAGGAUGGGUAUAAGUGCGAGACCAUGGGGGCGUGCAUGGCCUCCACCUCAAUCAUUGAAGGACAGGAGCAGCAUGUGCGGCUCUGCAUUGAGAAAGAGCACCUGGUUCCUCCGGGACAGCCGUUCUUCUGCCUCAGCGCCGAGGGACUGAUGAACACUCACUGUUGCUACUCUGAUUACUGCAACAGCAUCGACCUCAGACUACCAACCGUGACUCAUGGAGCGGGCUCAGAGCAGGACUGGGGGCCGGUGGAGCUCACUGCUGUGGUGGUGGGACCGGUGUUUGUGGUGUGUGUGCUGGUUCUGCUGGGUCUCUUCCUCUUCCAGCAUCACCAGCGGGCCUACGGUCACCGGCAGAGACUGGAGGUAGAGGAUCCCAGCACUGAACACAUGUUCCUGGCCAAGGACAAGAACUUACAGGACUUCAUCUACGACCUCUCCACCUCAGGAUCAGGGUCAGGUCUGCCGCUGUUCGUCCAGAGGACCGUGGCUCGUACCAUAGUGCUGCAGGAGAUCAUCGGUAAAGGCCGCUUUGGGGAGGUGUGGAAGGGGAAGUGGAGAGGAGGAGACGUCGCUGUGAAGAUCUUCUCCUCUCGUGAGGAGCGCUCCUGGUUUCGUGAAGCUGAGAUCUACCAGACCAUCAUGCUCCGGCACGAGAACAUCCUGGGCUUCAUUGCUGCUGACAACAAAGAUAACGGCACGUGGACUCAGUUGUGGUUGGUGUCAGACUAUCAUGAGAAUGGAUCCCUGUUUGACUAUCUGAACCGAUAUUCAGUCAGCAUCGAGGGCAUGAUUAAACUAGCGCUGUCGGCUGCUAGCGGCCUGGCGCAUCUGCACAUGGAGAUACUGGGCACUCAGGGGAAGCCUGGCAUCGCUCACCGUGACCUGAAGUCCAAGAACAUCCUGGUGAAGAAAAACUGCACAUGUGCCAUUGCUGAUCUGGGCCUGGCGGUUCGUCACGAGUCCAUCACUGACACCAUCGAUAUUGCCCCCAACCAGCGUGUCGGCACUAAGAGGUACAUGGCGCCUGAGGUUCUGGAAGAGACUAUUAACAUGCAUCACUUCGACUCAUUUAAAUGCGCAGACAUCUACGCUCUGGGACUCGUGUACUGGGAAAUCGCUCGCCGCUGCAAUGCAGGAGGUAUUCAUGAAGAGUACCAGCUGCCCUACUAUGACCUGGUGCCCUCUGACCCAUCCAUAGAGGAGAUGAGGAAAGUGGUGUGUGAUCAGAGGUUACGACCCAACAUCCCCAACUGGUGGCAGAGCUAUGAGGCGUUGCGUGUGAUGGGGAGGAUCAUGCGGGAGUGCUGGUACACUAACAGUGCUGCGCGACUGACGGCUCUCCGCAUCAAGAAAACCCUGUCUCAGCUCAGCGUGGACGAAGACAUGAAAAUCUGAGUCCAACACUACCUUCUGCCAGACGUGUGACCACUCUGAACAAUCCUGCCAGUUCAAAAGUAUUUCCGUCCUACCUCACCCCAAUGCCAAAACUACUGAACCUACGCUCCCCAGCAGCCCUCUGUGCUGUCCUCCUCAUCUCUACAUCUACCACUACCACUCCGCUCCAUGCUCAUGUGACUUUAAAGACUAUUCAAAUCAGUUUCACCCCAAAGAUCAUUUUUCCAACAUGUGUAACCAGUUUCCACUGGCUUGUUGCGUUCAUUUACCUUGGUUAACUAAGUAUGCGGGAUACACAGACUCCAGUUCAGAGGUGAUUAUGGCUGGGUUAAACUGGAAAACACAGUGAUUUGGUGCAAGAU